AUGGCGGAUGCGUUCAAAAGAGGAAGACUGGAAACGGCAAUCUGGGCAGCAAAGGUGUUGCUGCUUUGUGUAGGGACAGUGUCGACAGUGGUAUUCUUCAAAGCAGCAAUCAUUCCUUACUUGCUCAACCUCUGUCUUUCCAUCGUCCCUCACAUCCGGACUUCUUUCAAAAACUGCUGCUCCUUAUCUCCUCUUUACAUCUACAUCAUCCUCAACUUUAUCAUCCUCACCAUCGCUGCCUCCUCCGCUUUCCAACGCCAAAACCACAACCACAAGCACCACCUUUCCUCUUCUUCCGUUGCCUCCGGCGACACUACUAAAAACAAUGCCAAGACCACUGACAACAUUGACCCCUCUCACGAUUUUAUUUACAGUCCAGACAACAACACCGACAACAAGUACAACAGCAGCCAAUCCCAGAUGCUGUCCGCCCAGCCGCCGCAGCAGCAAGACAGAUUAUUCCAAAGUCAUCCGGAAGAUGAUGCAACUUUUCUAUUCUCUUCAUCAUCUCUAGACAACCAUCCGUACACAUUGAAUAAUGAGAUGAUCAGUUGGCAUGACAUUCACACAGUACAAGAAGGUGUAAUUCCAAAUACUAUUCUCAGUACUAGUACUACUACCUUUGAGUAUGAUGAUCAUCAGCGAUCUGGGCCUUCACCGGAAAAGUGCUGCGGUGACUCAAUGCCAACGGAGGAGGAGGAGGUGGAGGCGGAUGAUGACACCAAGACAUUGGACACGACAUGGAAGGCCAUCAUGGAUGGGCAAGGCAAGGCAAGCGGUAAGCACCUCAAAAAGAGUGACACUUGGGACACGCCUCCUCGCCUAACCGGCCGGCAAUUGGCCAUCACAAAUACCAAAUUCAAAGUCCCACAACGUCAAUUGAAUCAAUGUAACUUGGAUGAUGAUCACGAUGACGAGGACGAUGCAGUGACAUGGGCUCGACGGGAGCUCAAGAAAUCGGACACGUUUAGCGACAGAGUGUCUUUGAGAAGGCAAAAGUCGAUGAGUCAGGAAGAGUUGAACCAGCGAGCAGAGGCCUUCAUCAAGAAGAUCAACAAUGACAUCAGACUUGAGAGGCUAGAAUCUGAUCAACGCCGUUUCAGGGAGAUUGCUAGCACUGCCAUUUAG